ACAUCUCCUACUCCUCCUCACAUGGUCCUCUCUGACGCCUUUUCCUGCAAUCCGAUCGCUUCUCCAGUCCUAUCUAGCUAGCUCUCCCUCGCCUUAUUGACCCCAGUACCACCCUCUCCUGCUCAGUCUGCACAGAAGCUGAGCUAGCAGUACCAUAUCAGUGGUAGCCUCCCCCGAGACCACACAUCUAAUCCACCUAGCUGGAGAGAGAAGCUAGCUAGGACCGGCCGGGAGACGAAAGAGAAGGGUGAAGAUGAUGCUCUGUGAUCUCUCUUCUGACCACCAGCAGGCCACCGGAUCCAACCCCCACGUCCUGCUGAGCCCUCUCUUCGCGCCGGCACUGGCAGCUACGUCGACGCUGCCGCUGGAGGAGCCCGCCAGGGCCAAGAGGAAGAGGAGCCAGCCCGGAAACCCAGACCCUAGCGCGGAGGUGAUCGCGCUGUCGCCGCGGGCGCUGGUGGCGACCAACCGCUUCGUGUGCGAGGUCUGCAACAAGGGGUUCCAGAGGGACCAGAACCUGCAGCUGCACCGCCGCGGCCACAACCUCCCGUGGAAGCUCCGGCACCGCGCCACGCUGCCGCCCAACAAGCCCGGCGCCGGCGCCGCGCCGCGCAAGCGCGUGUACGUCUGCCCCGAGCCCACCUGCGUCCACCACGACCCGGCCAGGGCGCUGGGCGACCUCACCGGGAUCAAGAAGCACUUCUCCCGGAAGCACGGCGAGAAGCGGUGGAGGUGCGAGCGCUGCGGCAAGCGCUACGCCGUGCACUCCGACUGGAAGGCGCACGUCAAGAACUGCGGCGCCCGCGAGUACCGCUGCCACUGCGGCAUCCUCUUCUCCAGGAAGGACACCCUGAUGACCCACAGGGCAUUCUGUGAUGCCCUAGCUGAAGAGAGCGCAAGGCUUGUCGCCGCUGCAAACAACAACAGCAGCACCAUCACCACCACCUGCAUCAACGACAACAACAAUAGCAGCAACAACAGCGGGCACCACAACAACAAUCUACUCAUGACAAGCAACAGCUCACCACUCUUCCUUCCUUUCUCCGGGCCUCCUCACGCUCAAAACCCUAACCCCCUCAUGUUUCUGUCCCAAGAACCUCACCACCACCAGCUGCUCCCUCCGUUCCAACCCCUGACAUAUCUUGAUGACCUCCCUAUGACCGGCAGCGGUUCGGCCGUCAGCACCCACAUUGUCGGCUUCGGUCUUACUCCAGAAGGUUCGUUGACUAUGCACGCCGGUGGCCGCCGCCUCACCAGGGACUUUCUGGGUGUCGACGAUGCCAGUGAGCUCGAGGAGCUGCAGAUGUCAGUGCCAUCGUACCAGGAACACUCCAUCGGCCCUACCACCGCCUGUUGCGCCGUCGACCUGACCAGGCAGUACCACGGCCGCCUGCCGCGGAUGAACGAGCCGUGGAGCCACAACUUCUAGAGACUCACCAACAACUCAACAAGAUGACCACUAAAGACUUGGCAACCAAAAACUAGCCUCGCCGCACGUUACCUAGCUCUCCUGUCAAUGUUUCUCUUCAUGCAUGCUUAAUUUCCCUGUCUUUGACGUAAUUAGGGUCGUUUGAUCGAUCCUGUAUGUUCCUUUUCGGAUAUUUCUUCUUCUUCUCUGUGAAAGAUGCCCGUUGACUCGUCAAUGAAAUCCAAAUGUCGAUACAUCAUGCAUGACCCCUGGUGUUAAUGUCUUCAUUUUGGAUGCAUGCACGUACUAGCUGGCUACUCAUUUUAUUUUCACUCCCUGCGUCCUGCGUGCAAACCAGGAGGAUAGUCAAGACACAUGUGUCCUUUCAAAUUCGAUACAUGAUAAAAUACAUGGUCGUAAUUUUCGAUGUUA